AUUCUGUACUGAUUAGAUAGAACCUAUCAUCUGAUGAUUGAACAUCUUUUAUCAUCCGCGUGCAUGCCCUCGGGGCCAGUUAAUGUGAAGUAUCUAUGAAAUGCUUAUGCUUAUCUUUCCUAAGCAUAAACAUACAGAGAUCUAAUCCAUGUGUAUCAAACAGCUUCUAUGGAGUCGACAGGAGCGAUGUCCAGCAUGACAGGUGUCACGACCUGCUAAUGACGCAGAUAUGUCCGGAAGCGACCAGGAUCCGCUGCCACCGAGGCCUCAGCUGCACGCGGGAAUUGAUGCUCAUUCCGUCCAUUCAAGCAGACGGCUGACGCCUAAAGAAUCACCUGCAUGCAAAGCCAGGUUCAACAGACGAACGAUGGAUGAGAUGAACCGGAAGGGGAAGAGGGAAAGAAGAGGGAGAAGGACGAAGGAAGAGCAGUAAAGGGCAGUUAAUUAUGGGCGGUGGCCCACCGAUCCAAGGUGACGCCCGGGGGAACCGCCAACCAGAUCGGGGCUCCCCUCAGCAGUGACUGGCUUGGACCUCCUCCGUCCUCUCUUCAACACCCUGUGUGUGUCUCUCUCUCUCUCUCCCUUUCCCUGUUCAUCAAUCAAUCAAUCAAUCAAUUAAUCCA